CAAAUUUGAUGCACCACAGCACUAAGUGAGCAGGGCAGCUUUCAACACUUGAUAUCUAUUUUAUAAUUCCACCCACCUGCAGCUCCGGUAUACGUUGCUGCUCAAGCAGACAAGGUGGCUCGACUCUUCUGGUCACGUCCCCAACGUCCAGACCCGGACUCCCCGGCGUCAUCUCCCUCCGCGCCUCCGCCACUGCCGUCCCGCGAUAUCAUGAGCGAGCCUACGGCUCAGCCAAAGCUCACACCGCAGUUCUGCUUCUCUUCGACAGCAUUACGUGACUUCCUGCGGAUCUCCCGCGGUACGAUUGAUGAUACCAUCGCCCAGAACCUGAACGCGCUCGUCACUCCUGCAUCGGCAGGCUUCGAUCCCAGCUCGACAUGGCAGCGCAACCCGCGACCGUCGAACCACCGCCAGAUCGACGCCCGCUCAUGUAGGGCCUUCAAGGACCAGGUGCUCUUCCCAUCAUGGCAGGCCCGCUCCGACAUCCUGAGCUACUGCGCCGCCGUCGCCACCAGUCCUGACCCGGACGACCCGGCGGCUGCCGCGCGGGGCGCAGAACUCGAGAGGAACAGGGGGAGAGUGCCCGACGAGAGGCUGGACCCCUACUCAGCGAGAUUCUUCCCCACCGAGCCUAGGACGGCACAGCUGGCGAUGCUGGUGCGGCAGGAAGAGGGCGUCGAGCGUAUCGUUAGGACCAGGACGUGGGGUCUCGUCAGGGACAGGUGCGGUGACUCAGACGCCCAGGACUGGCAGGUUGCCCUCGCCAGCUGGAGGGGGGAGCAUGCUGGUGCAUAG